UGCUAACGGACACCCGGUCACCAGUAACGCAGCGGCGAGCUCGGCUCUGUAAAUUGUAACGCUUUCGCAUCUUGGCGCGGAGACGUGUCUUAGCGAUAGCUUUGCGGUAGAUAUCGUCAAUUCUACUGUGGCUUUACCGUGGAUCAUUAUAAAUCGCUUCUAAAUCCACCUGAAACACAUCGAUCGUGCCUUGUACUUCCGGCAACGGAUUCGAGGGAAUUGUGUUAUCGGACAUCAAUGUGCGCGUCGCAUCGUGCGGAUGUGUUUCUCCCGGGAAAACUAAUGAGGGAUUGAUUCCGUCGCUGAUGUAGCCUGUCAAUAACUGCAAAACGACGAUAACAUCGUGACGCAAUUACCGAGCGUUAUUCUCACAACGCAAUUGCGCCGGAUAGAAAACGAUACGAAUAUUACUAACGAAUGGGGAAGCAGCGAGUGAUUACUUCAUGGGUGGUAGUGGAAACCUUGCGAUUUUGUUGAUCGGGUUUGCGGCUACGUAGGUGGUGCGCGUUGAUCGUGGUGAAACGUGUUUAUCGGGAAAGUAAAUUAUUUACGCGCACUAAGCGAGAUAGCGAGCUGCAACUAUAAUAGUGCGACACAUUCGUCGCGUGACAAUAUCGGCGUUAUUUUGCGACCGUGCGAAACUCGCCACGGAUAUCAUCAUCUCGGGAGAGUGAUUCCGACAUUCGCGCGCGAAGUGAGAUUGACCCAUUUCAGAUUUGCAAUGCGCUGAAGCGCGUUCGUUUAACGAGCCGAGAAGUUUUCUCGCGGACCUCUGUGAACUUUAUUGAUCGCUGUAUUUGCUACGUGACAAAAAUGCGAAUAUUCGAGGAAACGUCGGGGUUGCGCGCCUGCGAUCGAUUAGCUGAUAUCGAUUGAACUAUUACUUACACAACGAUAUCAAAAGCGAUGACUAGUGAUCACGCGAGUACGCAUCAUUACUCUAUUUUGCGUCUUCCAUUGAGUAUAUUACGAGCUAGAAGAAGAUACGGUAUUCGCCGCAUGGCUCGACUCGGUGUACUGAUACACCGUGGCAGAGCAAACAAUGGAUAUGAGAAGAGCAGAGGCUAAGUAGCAGGCUGCAGGUACAGAAACGGAGACGGCACGAGGGGAAGAUUGGAAAGAGGCGUGCGGCCGACAGAAAGCGAGAGUGAACGCCAGAGGGAUAGACACGGAGGGCAAAAGUAGGAUACGGGAGGGUCGGCCAUUGUGACAAAGUCGUGGGGGAGAAGUGUGGAGUCCCACGAAAAAUGAGGGAGCAAGCUCUGUCGGAUGUGUGGCGGCUGGUGUGGUUGCUCUGCCUCGUUUUAGCAACGAGCUUAGCGCAAACGUCGCAGGUCUGUCCGUCCCACAGUGAGAUCUCGCCCUGUUAUUGCAGCGUGAAAAAAUCCGGCCUGGACAUUGUGUGCGAGAUUACGGACCUGACACACAUCUUGAAGGCCAUGGCCGUGCUUAAGGGAAGACAGAACCUCGUGAUAUUCUAUCUUAGGCUCAGGCAUAACACCCUGCCCAAGUUGCAGGGAUACGUGUUCCUCGGGCUCGACAUACGCCACCUCACCAUCCACAAUAGUAGCCUCGCGGUGCUCGAGGAAUCUUCCCUUAGUUCUCUCGGAACGGGAUUGACACAGCUGGAUCUCUCCCAAAAUUCGCUGAGUAGCGUUCCGAGCGUCGCGUUGCGAGACCUUCACCAUCUCCUGAUUUUGAAUUUAAACCGUAAUAAAAUCGCAGCCAUCCACGCUAGAGCUUUCGAAGGUCUCGACACACUCGAAAUUCUCACCCUUUAUGAGAACAAGAUCUCCUCUAUAGAUCCAGAUGCAUUUAAAGGACUCGAUAACCGGAGACUCAAAAGACUUAACUUAGGCGGAAACGAGCUCACGAAGAUUCCAACUCAAGCUUUAUCCACGUUAGAAUUGUUGAAGAAAUUAGAAAUGCAAGAGAAUCGCAUAUCUACAAUAACGGAAGGAGACUUUGAAGGAUUGAAAGCGCUCGAUUCAUUAGGAUUGGCGCACAAUCACCUUCGUGAGGUCCCGGCGCGUGUAUUCUCCCACUUGACACAAUUAAACUCUUUGGAACUCGACGGAAAUCAGAUUACUCACGUGGAUGCCAAUGCGUUCAUAGGUCUUGAGGAAAACUUGCAAUAUUUACGACUGGGAGAUAAUAAUUUGCAUUCGGUACCGAGCGACGCUCUGCGACGUUUGCAUCGCUUACGCCACCUUGAUUUGCGGUCAAAUAACAUCACUGUACUUCCGGAGGACGCUUUCACGGGCUACGGAGAUUCCAUCACUUUCCUUAAUCUGCAGAAAAAUAUGAUUAAAAUACUUCCACCUCUGGUAUUCGAAAAUCUCAAUUCGCUAGAAACUUUAAAUUUGCAAAACAACAGACUCACACAUAUCCCAGAAGAAGUUACGGAGAACAUCGUUGACACUCUACGUCACAUCGAUAUAACAGACAACCCUUUGAUUUGUGACUGCGAGCUACGAUGGUACUCCGUGUGGCUCGGAAAUUUGCGUGACAAGGACGACGAGAUGAUGUCAAAGAAGCGGACAGUCUGCAUGAUGCCUACGGAACAUCGUGAAUAUUCCGUGCAGAAUAUCCCGCUCGAAAGGAUGGGCUGCGCGGGCAAAAACGUCGGGAAAUUCUCAUCGUCAGCUAUCGGCUGUAGAAUGUACGUCGACGCGACGCUACCGUUGAUUGUUCUUACUGCUGCUGUAGUGUAAUGCGUUUUGCAAGGGUGCACGGCAUCGCGCGGUGACGGACAGUCGACUUUUCGUUUCGACGUCGCUGGAACGGUCAAUAAUCAUAUCUGCCGUUUUCAUUAAGCGCUGUUAUUACAACUCGCGAUUGCUGUAGCUCACUACGAAUCUUUUAUUCCGUUGUUCAGUUCUAUAAAGGAGGUAAGGAUCCCCCAGGCUUUUCGAGGUAAUCGUGACGCGAUAGCGGAGACGCGUCACGAUUCCACGAUAGCCUUUUUGUAGAAAACAAAACGCUACUUUAUCAUGUACCAUCGCGACAAUUCAACACAUUCAUGGCCUGUUAUGGGAAUGGUGCGAGGGAGUCGCGGCACGAAAAGUCGGCGCAUCUCACGAUGUCCGUUUGUCACGAUCAGCCGACUCAUAACAAGGCUGACGAAGGAAGUCUCGAGCAUUAUUAUUCGAACAGAUUGCUACGAUUCGGCGCGACGGGUAGGAGUGAUUGAUUUUCCUUUGCUCUUUGAGAAGCCGUUUUUUUUUUAUUUCCCUGGAGGAGGUAUGUCUAUUUUGCAUGCGAACUGGAAAGAAUAUAUUAUGCGUACAAGCGAAGGUUGCUUUUCCGUGCAGAGAUACAUAUACGCGUCCAUGCAAUGCGAUCGCGCGUGGACAAUCACGUGGCGUUUGGCAACCGCGACAAUCGAUCUUUUGAGAACUGAAUACUUUAAAUUCUUCCGGAUAUUCGCCGGGCGCUUCCGCGAUGUUCUUUUUUAAACCGGAACGGCUCCUGUCGAGCUCUUCAAUUCGAUUAAUCUUCAAUAUGACAAUCUGUUCGUUGUCCGCAAGAAAGCUUGCGGAAAUAUUUACAUUUUAAUCAAACCGAUACACGUUUGGGAUUUCUUUUAAUGACGUUUAUAAAUUACUUGAUGCCGUAACACUUUUGCUUGAUGACGCUUAAUGUUCACCGUACGUCGUAAGUUUAAUUUCGUUCGCCGCCGUGAAAUACAAUUCACAAAAGUACAAUGAUCGUGUUAAAAAAGUUAAUCCUUGCGGUAAGUCAGAUCGCACUAGGUAUCACGAGCAAUCCCUUCAAUUCCUGCACGUCGAAAUGAUAAUCACAGACGUCGCAGGAACGCUAGAUUAUUAAUGUAACGACGAGCAGUCUGUAGGAGAUAUAUUUGCUACGCGAUGGCGGAUUAAUUUCUGAUAAUGUCACUGUUAUUUAUAAACCCCUCAGAUACUUUACGGUCGAAUUGCAAGAUGGCCAUGGUAACUGUAGUAAGCAAUGAACUCGCGACCUGCUGCUUAUGAUAAUUCAUCGAAAACAACUACCUAAUGAAAAACAAAUGAGGUAUACGUAUCUUUAAUUCUUGUUAUAAUACAGGUAGCAGCGAGGUAUCACUCGUUUAUGUAGUUCGAUGGUAUAGGAUCUGAGCGAUUGCUAGGAACAAACGUCGAUCGAACGAUCGGCCACUGGACCGUAGAAUUCUCGCUCGCAAAAGGAGCGCGCGAGUUUUCUUCACCGGAACGUUACAUAUCAGCAUCGUUGCCAAUUAUUUCGUGGUUAUCCGUUAAGCUCGCGACGCGAAGCGUAGUAUACUCACUAGCGAAUCCGAGUGGCCGGAAGUCAGGUUCCGGAUUCACUCGUUAUAUACAUAUCAAUAUGCGUUCCUGUUGAAUACUCGCGAAUAUACAGUCGACAUCCUCCCGUACGUUGCUUUCCAUAUGCCACGAUCUUCCGAAACGUCGAACAAAAAUUAUUUUUGCUUGUUUGCUCUUGCUUAUUAUCGAAGAUCUUUUCCAGAACUUAGAAAUUAGCAAUUAUUCAAAUUUAUUCAUUCUGUAUUUAUCAGGGACAAAGUGUCAGAAAGUAGGUCAUUCGUCUGUUUUGCUUAAAUCCGUUAUACAUCAUUGAUAGUAAAUCAUUAUAUCAUUAUAUCAAUAAUUUCUGAUACACUGAUUAGAAAACGAAAAAGAAAAUAGAUAGGUUAAAUUCGGGGAUAAAACAAAAAUAAUACUCGUGACAUUUAUCUUUUUAUCGACUUUUCUGCUGGAAUGUGUCCCCCCGCGCGCGCGGUAGAAUCGCUAACAUCUUGAGAUCGCCCCAAUACUUAACUCGACUCGCAAAGACCCGACCGCGCGAAAUGAGAUAACGACUGUGCUGAUGACACGUAAUACUCCCAACGAUACUCUCAACAGGAAACCGACACUUGUCAAAGCCGGUAGAGCACAAACGUGGUUAUUCAAACGCCUCGUUGCGUUCGCUUUACGACUUGCUUACUUCGCCGCCGCGACAGCUCACGUGUGCACUAAAAUUGCAUCAUCUUGCCGAAGGUAAAACGCAUGCGUUACACGUGUUCGCGAUGAUCAUCACGGGACGCAGAGACACAAACAAUCGUAAAGGCAUAACAUCCGUCUGUUGUGCUUAAAAUAUUUCUCGUCUGUUAACAAUAAUAUCCGUUUACAAUAUGGAAGAUCGUGGCACAUGACAACGCAUAUCGUGUGCUUCGUUUUGAAAGACGUUCGGCAAAUUCAGCAAUGCAUACUCAACGACGAACGCGUUUCUCAGCGAAGACCCAUCGUACGGCAGAUCGAUCGUGCAGGAGACGUAGUUCACAGGACGUAGUGCUAACGCAGAAAGUAUCAUGUGUUUUGCUAUUCGAUACGUAUAAAAAAUAAGGUAGAAUUAAGCCUAAGGUGUUAUUGUAAGGCGCAUAUAUCGUAUAGCGGAAUAUUAGAUCGCCGGUAUGCGUUAUAUGGCGCGUCAAGCCGAGCUUUUCGAAAGUGAAUUUCAGAGCUAGACAUUUCAGAGAGCAUUUUGGAUAUUUCAUAUUUUGACUUGGUGUGUGAAAUAAUAAUACGUAAUUCUUGCAAAAGUUUCGUGUCAUCAAUUUUUUUCAUGUAUAAAAUAUUGGAAUCUUUUCUCUAAUUUAGCAGUUUAAUAACAAUGUUAUACUUCAACAAACCAAUAAAGAAAAUUUGCAUAAAUGGAAUAAUUCUUGAAGCUAUUUUCUAAAAAAUGUCUUUUAAUUUUUUUUUACUUAAAAUAGAUUGUCAUUUCAACAUUUCAUGAUCGAUGCAAUAAGACCGUCUGUGGUCUGGAAAAAAUCGUUUGAUUAAUACAGUGCGUGAUCUAUUUCGCGAGUGAAGAUCUUCUCUUUUGAAUGCGCAGGUAGAGACGCGUACGAUGUCACAUACACACGUACACAUAUCAUUUAUACGCCCAAAUCUACUUGUAAGAUAAACUGAUUAACUAAGUCGAUUUAAGGCUUGACGAAGCUAUAACGACUAAAGAUCGUAUACAUAUCGUGAACGUACGAGAUUUAAGAGAAUUUAUUUGUUAACAUAUAUACAUAUAUAUAUAUAUAUACAUAUAUAUGUACGUUAUAUAUAUAAUAUAUAUAUUAUUAUGCAUUAUUUUACGAUUAUAAAAAAUAUAUUAUAUAUACCUAUAUCUCUUAUAUAUACAUAUAUGCACUAGAUGUUUUUUCUAAAAAGUUAUAUUAAUAAUAAUAUAAAAAAACUGUCAAGCACACAUUGGCGUUGUAAAUUUAGUUGUCUUUUAAAUUCCAAAAAUCCAUCUUUAUCGUGUUUUGCUUUAUUGUAUUCUCAGUUAUAAAAUACUUUAAUAUAAGAUUUGGAUAUGUUAAAUAAUAAUAAAAAUUAACGAUACGCCAAAUGCGAUCCUCUGCAGGCCCUACUUUAGCUUAGGAUUCGUACGAGGCAUAUCUACUAUUACCCUUAAUUAAUUUUCGUCUUUAUAUAAUUACAAGCGAAAAAUUCAUGAGUACAGAUUUACACGAGUUCUAAUCUAUACACAGUUAUGAUUAUUAACAAGAGAAAAACGGCAGUGUGUGAACGGCAAUAAGUUAUAAAAAAAGUUGAUAGAUAUGAAAGUAAAACUAGCGAAGUAGCAUAAUUAUCUGAGUCAGAAGUUCAAAGUAUAUACUAUUUAUUGUAGAAAACACAUUUGAGAAAUGCAAUAUAAAAGAGCUUCUUUAUAUUAUAUUUUAAACAUUUUACAUUUCAAUCAUUUUUCCGACAAUACCCUAAGUUAUUCGACGUUUUUUAUCUUUACUUAUCUUUCUUAUUUCUAAAUUUUGUUCUUUUGCUAUUAUAUUGAAAUAGAAAAAUAAAAAAUGUUAAGAACAAAAGUUUCUUAAAUCCGAAUUAAUUAUCUACUUAUACACUCAAAAAUUUGCUUCAUUGAAGAACUUCCGGCUCGAAUGUUAAAACAUAUCUUUAGACAAAUUUUAGAGACAAAAGCGAAAACGGGAGUUUGCGCGACUUUAAUCUUUCCUGCUGGUGACUGCGGCAUACUGUUAAGAUGCUCUAAAAAAGCACUGUACAAUGCAUAUAGAAUUGUCUACGCACCCUCUAUACCCUUCUACUUGAAUAAUAACUGAAUAAAAUCGAGAGGCGAAAUCUUCUACAAAGUUUCUACCGUUUCAUGAGCAUUGCCCAACGAAUGAGAAUACUUAUCAGUGGCUGCAGCAGCCGAAAGGAUUACAGAUCGCCGGACGUCAAGCCCGUAGAACCAUAUCAAGACAUAUCGCUGGAAGCCGGCGUUAGACUCGUCGGGCGCGCCGUUUAUUAUUACUAAUUAUUAUAAGCGGAUAUUUUUGUACAGCGUCUUACAAUGUGGUCGGAUCGUUGCCGGCACGCCCGACGGGCACACGACCGGCCCGCCAUACUUAUUUCAUUUAUAUAGCGCGCGAUACCCUGAAGACGCGUAAACGCGUAUGUGCGCAAACACGACGAUACCUUUACAUACGCAUGUGUGUGCGUUAGCGGGACGUGUAAACGAAAUUAUCGCCGGUCCCAUCCAGGACUCACCUUGCACGUAAGGACGAUAAAUGGAGCUUAACUUUCGAUCGAAGAAUGUAUCUUUGUAAUCUCGGUGCUCGCUCACACGUCGCUUCUUCGCACGAUUUCAGAAAUCUCGUAUCUGUGUUAACACGUACCAGUUAUACACAAAUGUACACAGCAUAAACACGUGUUUACAGAUGCUAUCUACAUUGACAAAACACUACGAGUUAAUCUUAUGCUCUCGUGAGCGUUUCCUUUCUUCAUUGUCUCUUCUAUAUAGAUAAAGAACGCGUAUUUCUUACAUAUAUAAAAACAAAGUCCGUAUGAAAUUAGAUAUAUAAAAAAGAAUUAAUUAUUGAUGUACACACGUCUACGUCUUUCAGCAUAAAUGCUCUUAAGCAGAGAUAAAUGUGUAUACUUGUACACGCAUACCUAAAUGAAUACACAUACACGAGACAAAAUCACGCCUAAUGUUAUAUCUAUGAUAUAUAUGUAUAUACAUAUACAUAUAUACAUACAUAUAUAUAUAUAUAUGUAUAUAUAUAUAAUGGUUACUAUAUAACACACAUACACGAACUUCGUCUGUAUAUGUCUAUACAUAAUGUUAAAUAUAUAUGGUCGCUAUAUAAUAACUAUUACGUGAUAUGUAUGUAUUAUGAAACAUUUUUCCCUUAUCGACUCGCGACUCGCUACUCAAGUUCUAUAUGUCAUUGUUUAUUAUGUCGUUAAUGAUUAACGUGUAUAUGUAAAACUUUCAAAGAAUAAAAAUGAUAUAAGCAGAAAC